AUGGGAAAAGGCGCAAUCAAAGAAGAAGAGAGCGGAAGGAAGAGCAAAACAUGGCGAUGGCCUUUGGCGGCUUUGGUUGUUGUCUUAUUAGCAGCUGCUGUCAGCUCUAGAACAGCUUCUAAUGUCGGUUUCUUCUUCACCGAUCGGAAUUCCUGCAGCUGCUCACUUCAGGGAAGUGGUAAAUACAAAGGUAUGAUUGAGGACUGUUGCUGUGACUACGAAACAGUGGACAAUCUCAACAUUGAGGUUCUGAAUCCUCUGCUUCAAGAUCUCGUCACAACUCCAUUCUUCCGCUACUUUAAGGUUAAACUGUGGUGUGACUGCCCAUUCUGGCCAGACGAUGGAAUGUGUCGUCUGCGAGAUUGCAGUGUCUGUGAAUGUCCAGAGAAUGAGUUCCCUGAACCGUUUAAAAGGCCGUAUAACAUCGCCGGUCUUCCUUCGGAUAAUCCGAUUUGUCAAGAAGGGAAACCUCAGGCAGCUGUUGACCGGACCAUAGAUAACCGAGCAUUCAGGGGAUGGGUCGAGACCAAUAACCCGUGGACGCAUGAAGAUGACACAGAUAACAGUGAGAUGACUUAUGUGAAUCUUCAACUAAACCCUGAGAGGUUUACUGGUUACACUGGACCUUCUGCUAGGAGGAUUUGGGAGUCUAUAUAUUCAGAGAAUUGUCCAAAAUAUUCAUCUGGAGAGACAUGUCCUGAGAAGAAGGUUUUGUACAAGUUGAUAUCUGGUCUUCAUUCUUCAAUCUCAAUGCAUAUAGCUGGUGAUUAUCUUCUUGAUGAGUCACGCAACCAGUGGGGACAGAACAUUGAGCUGAUGUAUGAUCGUAUUCUGAGACAUCCGGAUCGUGUUAGAAACAUGUACUUCACGUAUCUCUUUGUGCUACGAGCUGUAACUAAAGCAACAGCGUACUUGGAGCAAGCAGAGUAUGACACUGGAAACAACGCUGAAGAUCUGAAAACACAGUCCUUGAUUAAGCAGUUGUUGUACAGUCCGAAACUCCAAACAGCGUGUCCUGUUCCUUUUGAUGAAGCUAAGCUGUGGCAAGGUCAAAGUGGACCGGAGUUGAAACAGCAGAUCCAGAAACAGUUCAGAAAUAUUAGUGCAUUGAUGGAUUGCGUAGGAUGUGAAAAAUGCCGGCUUUGGGGGAAGCUUCAGGUUCAGGGUUUAGGAACAGCAUUGAAGAUUCUCUUCUCUGUUGGAAAUCAAGACCAAACACUGCAACUGCAAAGGAAUGAGGUGAUUGCGCUGGUGAAUUUACUCAACCGUCUCUCUGAGUCGGUUAAAAUGGUUCAUGAUAUGGGACCAGACGUGGAGAGGCUAAUGGAGGAUCAGAUAGCUAAGACAUCAGCUGCUAAACCUGGGAGAUUGAGGAGAAUAUGGGAUUUAGCUGCUUCUUUAUGGUGA